AUGACGACAAAGUACAAACUGAAAAACAAUAUUUGGUUCAAAAGGUUAUACUCACUAAAGCACAAGUGGUCAACAGCUCUAAGUAAGGACUUUUUCUUCGCGGGAAUCUUGUCAUCACAGAGAAGUGAGAGCACAAAUCAUGCAGUGGGAUUCAAAGCAAACAAGAAAACAAGUUUGACAGAAUUCUACAACAUAUUUCAGAAGACAGUGAAGACUUGGAGAAGGAAUGAGGAUUUUUAUGAGUUCAAUAGCAUAAAAUCAAUUCCUACUUCAAGCUAUCCAAUGUCUGCCUUACUAAAACAUGUUGCUGAGGUUAAUACACAUACAUUAUUCAGGGACUUUGAAGAAGAAUUCAACCUAGCCAUUGGAUCUCAAACUAAACUUCUAUUCAUUAAUGGAGGCAAAAUGGUUUACCAAGUGUACAUUGAAGGCAGAGAUGGCACAACUCAAGAAGUAACUUAUGCUCCAAUUAACCAAACAAUUCAAUGUCCAUGCAAGAAUUUUGAAGAGUCGGGUUGGUUAUGCUUUCAUAGUCUUAGAAUCUUACACAUGCAUUCUGUUGAAAAAAUCCCAAAGCAAUACAUAUCUUUCAGGUGGACUAAAAUGGCUAAGGAUAAAGUUUGGGAAAGCAUGGAGGCAGAGCAAAGGAUGAAGGGGGCAUUAAACAGCUUCAGACCCUGGCGGCUACACAUGGUGAGGAAGUAUUAUAGUUUAAUCCUUAAGAGCCACAAGUUUGAACAAGCAAGGAAAGUCUUAGAAGAAAGCUUUGCAAAAGAUUUAAGUGCAAUUGAUGAGAUUAUUUCUGUUAUGAAGUCAACUGACAACCAUUCUGAGAAUACUACAGGUGUAGAAGAGAAUUCAGAAGCAACUUCAUCUAGUGUGGUUCAAGUACUAGACCCAGCUCGUGCAAAAACUAAAGGAGGCCAAUCAAAUAAAAAGAUUCCAGGAAUUUAUGGCUACAUGAAAAAGGGGAAGAGGAGGAAGCAUAGAGAAUUUGGUGCCAAAACACCAAAUAUUAAUAAUAAGUAUAUGCUUUAA